AGGACAUACUUAAUCAGCAUUCCGCUACAUUGGCACAGUUAAAUCCGGAGGAUACGAGUAAGAAUAUUUAUUCUUAAAUUUACGUAACAGUUGUUCAUGCAUUAGGUUUUGCUAUAUUAUUUCUCUUGUUGAAUCAACUGUAAAAUAUAUUGGUUUAUUAAAGAGCCCUGGAGUUAUAUUAUAUAUUAACUCCUUUAAGAGUAUUUAUUACCUCGGGUUGGUACGACACCGAGGUCAUAAAUUCGGCUCCUAUUUUUUUUCUCCAUUUUGUGUCGAGCCGCGCGCGUAGUCGAAGAGCCUGCGGAGGAGACGACAACUUCCGGUAAAUAAGUGUACUUCCGGGAAAUUUCAAGCAUCGGCCAAAGCGAAACCCGAAGCUGUACUUGCACAAAAUCCGUCAAAAUUGUUGAUUUAAAACCAGAAGAUGUGAUAAUUUUGACAUACAUGUUUAGCUGGAUAACUAUUCUCGAGUAUAUGCUGAUAUAAUGUACAAUACUUCGUAUGCAUAGCAUGGGAAUACCGCGGCCAACUUUCACUUGUUUGAUACUGCUAAGCAUUUUAUGGAUGGUUCUUACUGUAACUGGUAUAGACAACAAUUUUGCCAACUGUCCACUCGUUACAUUCUUCGACUGUGGUACAACUAUUACUAAUGAUGGAUCAGUUAUAUGCACCUAAUUAUAUUUUCAGUACUUUGAUAUAUUUUAAAAAUAUCUGAAGUGACUGUCGUUCUGCUAUGUGCAAUCAACAAAUAGACUGAUAAUUUUGUCUGUUAGUGUUACUAAAUACAAGAUGAAAUAGUGAAGUAGCUAUGUAUAUCAUUCACUCGUCCACAAAAUAUCCCAAAUAAUGAAUAAAUACAGUUAAAUAAUUAAAUUCUCUAAAUUGUUCCUGUAUUUAACUAUUAUCAAUAAAAUGUUAAAACGGAGCUUUGAUUCACUGAUUCACCAUUUAUACUAGUGAACUAUUAAACUAUCGUGAUUUACACGAUUUUUACAUAUUUACCAGACGAUGCCCUAUCCACCGACCCGAGGUUAACGCCGAGCGGGCGUCUUGUUCUGAAUAAAGGUGUUGCUAACAGAACUACAAUAGCUAAUUUUCCUUUAAAAUAGAUAAGAAAAGUAUUAAGGGUCCAGAAUUACUAACAUGUUCGUGAACAAACAGAAAGUAUAGUACUUUUUGCGUAUAGUACCCCCCCCCCCCCAGAACCUCGGGAAUGAUGAUAGGUUGAUAAUUAUAGAUGAUCUCUAUAUAAAGACAUUCCGUUAUAGUACCAUUAAACAAGGCUGGUAUAGCAUAAGGAAAUUGUACAGUAGAUUUAUAUAGUUAAUUUUAAAUAGGCCGUUUGCUGUGACCUCGAAAAGUGCCUAGAAAACGAUUUUCAUUUCACCUGUCUUGGAACUGAAAUAUUUUUACGGGAACUAACACUUUCGAACACGCUGAGUUCAAAUCCGAAAAGUUCCCACUCUAUAGACCUGCAGUUUUCUCACAAACUGCAAUUUUAUCUUCACUAAUUUCACGACAACCUUUUUCAUGUUCAACGACACGGAUCGAUGACAACAAACGAUUAUGUCACUCAAAUGGACCAAUUUCUGUUAACCAGUCUUCCUUUUAACAAAAGUCCGGUUUUGCUUGAAUCAUUUUGAGUUAUGUUAUAUUAUGCGUGUUGGACGCAAACAACAUAUCUUGUCUACAACUUUGGGAAGGUACAGAUAAAGCUUUCUAAAAUCCUCCGUUCUGGCUCUACAGUACCUCUAUGAAAUUACAAGGAUGUUAAUGCUAAGUCUUUUGGCUAUGUCUCUGGGCUGAGAAAUAAUUCCUUACAGUACGUGCGGUCAAAAUGUUUUAUACAACGGUGUAAAACGGUAAUGUUAUGUAAUGGGUCAGCAUUUAAAUUUCCAACACAGUUUUUGAGACGUAAUUCAAGAGGUAACUUAUCACUGCAUUUGAACUAUUAUAUCAGUUGGUGUUAUUCUGUGCGAUUAGCGAGUAUUAUUAGAAAGAGGGCUUUCAUAUACGUUGAAAUCACCAAAUAUUAAACAGCUCAUGCACAUAUUUCUCCACUUCCUCGUACGUUUACGGAGCAGAUUUUAUACAUUGGCACUGAUAUUUGUCUUUGAUGUGAACAUUUAUUCUUCUAGUUUGUGAUUAUUUAAGAGUGAUCCUGUCGUAAGACUUCUACGAGCAACCAAUCGGCGACAAUAUUUCGCACUUUUGAGUCGAUCCGUGUCGUUGAACAAUGAAAAAUGUUGUCUUAAAAUUAGUGGAGAUAAAAUUGCAGUUUGUGAGAAAACUGCAGGGGCCGGUGUUCAAAGGUGGAUUAGCGGCAAUUUAGCGCUAACCCUGGUUUAAAAUUUAACCUGCUGUUUUAGUUUGUGUAUUUCUGCACGUCUGUUUAUUUCAAAAUUUCAGAGAAGUAAACUCCUAUCGAUCCAGACAAGAUCUCUGAAGAAAUAUUUCCAAAUUUAUAACCAAGCUGUCAGGAAGUUUGCUUUGAAUUUCAGGUUAACCUAGGGUUAAGCUAACCCAGCUUUGAACAACCGGCCCCAGGUCUACAGAGCGGGAACUUUUUGGAUUUGAACUCAGCGUGUUCGAAAGUGUUAGUUCCCCGUAAAAUAUUUCAGUUCCAGGACAUGGAAAAUGAAAGUGAACGAUAUCGGGAGGCAGCAAACGGCCUAAAACUAAAAAACUCUGGGGAAUUCUGAAUGUUAUUUUUAUCUCUUUCCACUGUUUCCAGGAGAUCCAUCGAUAUCCAAGCUAAUAUAAAGUAUAUCUUCUUCAGGUAUUCCACACGAAGUUGACAGUUAUCACGCAUUAGUUCCGUUAGAGCCAAUCGACUCAAUCGCAAAUCAACAGGUUGGUAGCAUGCAAAUGAUUCAGUGAAUGUUUGGCUCUUUAUUAGGAAAAGCUGUGAAAACUGAUUGCGACCAAUUGAUAUCAUCAAUUCUCAAGCAUCAAGUUCUUACAUCUUAGUCGUGUGGCAAAAAGAUGAAAAAGAGAGAAAUCAUGGAUGAUUUUACAAUAAUAUGCGAAACAAGAGUUAUUAAGACAAGGCCUACUCUCGUCCACGCCUAUUCACUUCCAUGCCUCGUGACGUCCACUUAAAAAUAAUAUUCUUACUUUUUUAGUCCCGUCGAACAUUUGGGUGCAUAACGAGUUGCUAUAAAUGUGUCAAUUCUAAAGAUGGCUUGACAUACGUCUUAAGAAGAAUGCACGGUAUUGUUCAUAUUUUAUCAGUUAAACGUGCUCAGAAACUAGCACGCAUCAGCAUUUUAACUAGACCACAAAUCUGCUAAAAGAAUUGCAACACAAAAAUUUAUAUUAUUUUAAUACGUAAUAACAUCAUUCAAUAUACACAAAUCACACAAUGUUAGUAAAGACCUUUUGUGAUUUAUAUCCACGCUGUCCAAAAUUACUUGCGGCAGAAACCAAAUUGGGUUAUCGCAAAAUCACCUUUGCGGUAACCUGGGUUUUACCAAAACAAAAACUUGUCAGAAGAACUUAGAAUUUAUUAUUUCAUAUGUCCAAAUGAAUUGUAAAGUAACCCAAUUAUAUCAUGCACAGAACGCGUAACGAAAUUUAAAUAUUAACUGUUAACACAGUUACUAAUUAUAGAAUUAAGAGAUUACGGACUUACAUUACUUCAGGGAAACCAAAUUAGGUUACCGCAAAACAAAGUUUGCGGUAACGUGGCAGUAACCCAGCUUUGGUUACCGCAAUUUUGGACAGCCUGAUACCAUUUCAUAUUACGUCACCAUUUAUAACUAGGUAUUCGACUGACGAACACUAAAGCCAAGGGGAUUGUGGACGAAUGGAAAAAACUUCAACAUUCAAAUUUGGUUCAACUCCGUGAAGUGUUUACAACGAAAGCUUUUGAUGACAACUGUAAGUACCGUACUUUACAAAAGUAAUAAAUACGAAAAACACGCCAAGAGAAAAAUCUUCACUCCAGAAAUUGCCAUCAAC